GUCCGACCUCUCCUCACACGCGUCUCUCCAUCCUCACUUUGAGAGCUGCCCAUCAUGGCGCAGACUAUGCGAGGGUUGAACCUUUUCAUCGCCAACAUCCGCGCUGCCCGGGUUGGAGAGGCGGAGCGACUGGCCAUUAACAAGGAGAUGGCGAACAUAAGAACAAAGUUCGCAAGUCCGAACCUUAGUGCAUACGAUCGCAAGAAGUAUGUCGCGAAGAUCGCGUUCUGCUUCAUCAUGGGCUACAAACAGGAUCUUGGACACAUGGAGGCCAUUCAGCUCUUGACGGCUCAGAAAUACUCCGAAAAGCAGAUUGGGUACUUGGCUGUUACCUUGAUGCUCACCGAGAAUUCUGACCUCCUUCGACUGGUCGUUAAUUCCAUCAAAAAGGAUCUUGACGACCGAUGGGACGUGGUCAACUGCCUUGCGCUUCAGACCAUCGCAAAUAUUGGAGGCGAUGAGAUGGCUGAGGCGUUGGCACCUGAUGUGCACAAAUUGAUGAUCUCACCUACAUCAAACAACUUCGUUAAGAAGAAAGCUGCACUUGCUCUUCUUCGUAUGUAUCGGAAAUAUCCGCAGGUCAUACCUGCGCAGGAAUGGGCAUUGCGCAUCAUAUCGUUAAUGGACGACAGCGACCUUGGUGUUGUGGUUGCUGUCACCAGUCUCGUCCUUGCUCUGGCUCAGGAUUUCCCGGAAGCAUACGAGACAUCGUAUCAAAAGGCUGUAGAUCGAUUAUACAAGCUUGUAGUUGGGCAUCAAUAUGAUUCCCGGUUGUAUGACUACUAUAAAAUUCCAUCUCCUUGGCUGCAAGUCAAGUUGCUGAAGCUGCUGCAAUACUACCCGCCCCCAGAGGAUGCUGCACUUCGGCGAAUGAUGGAGCAAGUCCUCGCAACCCUUCUUGAAAUGCAGGAAAUUCCUCGAAGCGUCCAGCACAACAACGCGCUUCACGCGGUAUUGUUCGAAGCGAUCAAUACCAUCAUUCACAUCGAUGCACGCUCCUCGCUGGCUACGCAGUCCGCACAGCUUCUUGGUCGCUUCUUGUCCUCAAAGGAAACCAACGUCCGUUACCUGGCUCUCAACACGAUGGCACAUCUUGCAGCCCUAGCCGAGACCCUUGAUCCCAUCAAGAAACAUCAGACCACGAUCAUCAUGAGCUUGCGGGACAAGGAUAUCAGCGUGCGUAGACGAGCGCUCGAUUUACUAUACAGCAUGUGCGAUGUCGACAAUGCGGAAAUCAUUGUUGGGGAGCUUUUAAAUUAUCUGAAGAUUGCCGAUUAUGGCUUGAGGGAGGAGAUGGUGCUCAAGAUUGCCAUUUGCUGCGAGAAGUUUGCCACGGAGUAUAAGUGGUAUGUUGACACCAUACUGGAACUUAUCAGCGCGGCCGGCGAUUACGUUGGCGAUGAAGUUUGGUACCGUGUCAUCCAAAUUGUCACCAAUACCGAGGAUCUCCAAGCUUACGCCGCCCAUACUUGUUUCAACUACCUGAAGUCGCCGACGUGCCACGAGAGCCUUGUCAAGAUUGCGGGUUAUAUUCUGGGCGAAUACGGACAUUUGAUCGCCAACGAGGCCGGAUGUAGCCCAUACGAACAGUUCCAGACACUCCACGCCAAAUCCAACUUCUGCAACGCCAAUACCCGCGCCCUGAUUUUGACCACCUACAUCAAAUGGGUGAACGUCUUCCCCGAGAUCAAACCUCAGCUCAUGACUGUGUUCGAUCGGUACCGACAUGUUCUUGAUUCGGAACUGCAGCAACGCGCGUGCGAAUAUCUCGCCUUGGCAGAACGUCCAGAAGACGACGAGUUACUUCAAACCGUCUGGGAUGAGAUGCCGCCCUUCCCAGAGCGGGAAAGUGCUCUACUGAACCGCCUCGCUAGGAAGCACGGCGACACUGGCGAUAAGCGAACAUGGGUCGUGGGAGGAAAAGAAGGGAUGAAGGAUGCUCAGAUGAUGCGGAUGAAGAGCCUGAAGAGAGUGACCACCAGUAGUACAACAACCGCCUCGCCCUCAAGAAAUCGGCCGCACGGAGCAGCCACCAGCGUGCCGAAUGGAGCAACAGACAUUAUGGCAGCGUUGGCAGAGCUGGACAUGUCAGGAGGCCCAUCAGCAAAUGGCGAAGAAGCCAUACUGCGCAGCCCUGACUUGGACGCGAGGUACCAGAAGCUACUGUUCUCAGACAGCGGCUUGCUAUACGAUGAUGUCCAAAUGGGUAUAUCUCUCAAGUCGGAUUAUCGAAUGUCGCAUGGGCGAAUGCGCAUAUUCUUCCACAACAAGCUGCCGACAGCACUUGACUCUCUGACGGCAAUAAUCAAAUCGCCACAGCAUGACCAUCUCACUUUUGAUAUACGGCAAUUUCCGGUGACCACAGUCCAGUCCAAUGAGCAUACCAUGCUCGAAGUAGAAUUCGAAUGCAAGGAGUUGUUUACACAGCCACCCACCCUCCACGUUUCAUUCCUCACUGGAUCUCUGACAUCUCUUGUGCUGCGCCUCCCCGUCGUCAUUCACAAGUUUUUCGAACCGAUCCAGCUGGAACCGCAAGAUUUUUACAUGAGGUGGCAGAAAAUUGGCGGUCCUCCCCGCGAAGCACAGGUAUUCUUCCCAAUUGCUCUUAAGCGUGGCGAUGUGGAUACACUUGGACAGCAAGCUACGAUCACUGGCGCUAGAAUCCGGUGUCUCGAGGGCGUAGAUCCGAACCUCGUCAACAUGGUUGGUGCCGCUGUUGUUUACACCAGUGCUACUGGGAAGGCGGGGUUCUUGAUCCGAGUUGAACCCAGCAGAGAGGAAAAGAAGUGUCGUCUGACUGUCCGAUGCACGUCAGACAAUUUUGCAUUGGCGUUGACGGACUACAUUCGAGACUUACUGGCUGCUAAAUGAUGAGACUUGGAGCUCAAGCGGAUUGCACUAAUAGUCGGGUUUUGUAUAUCGGAUAUCUCUACUGUUCUGAAUACUCUACACAAGUUGAUACCCAUGAAUUAGC